UGUCACAUUUUUUUUUUAAUAAUCAAAUUCUAAUUCAUAUUUUUCACUCCUACUUCUUCGGAAUUACACUUCACAGAAAAAGGAAAAAAAAAAAAAAACCCAAAAACCCCACAAAAAAAGAUAAAAUCUUUGGAAAUGAGGAGGGCGUUUAUGACCGCCGUUAAAAGUGGCGGUGAACGUCGUUUUAUUGCCUCUCAGGCGGCAGCAACGGCAAAGGUUGACGUCAGCUCGCCGGGAAAUGACGUCAUAUUGCCAAAGAUGCCGGCUUUUGAUUAUUCGCCACCGCCGUACACCGGACCUUCCGCCGAUGAGAUCCUUAAGAAGCGCAAGGAGUUUCUUAGCCCUUCUAUGUUCACCUUCUUUAAUAAUCCUCUGAACGUGGUAGAUGGGAGGAUGCAGUAUCUGUAUGAUGACAAAGGGAGGAGAUACUUGGAUGCAUUCGGGGGAAUUGCAACCGUGUGUUGCGGUCAUUGCCACCCCGACGUGGUUGAGGCCAUUGUGAAACAAACACAGCGUUUACAGCACUCUACAAUCUUGUACUUGAACUCUGCUGUUGCUGAUUUUGCUGAGGCUUUGGCUUCUAAAUUGCCGGGUGAUCUCAAAGUUGUGUUUUUCACAAACUCCGGGACAGAAGCAAAUGAGUUGGCUUUGAUGAUGGCAAGGCUAUACACUGGUUGCCAGGAUGUUAUCUCCGUGAGAAACGCCUACCAUGGAAAUGCAGCUGGAACUAUGGGUGCAACUGCUCAAAGCAAUUGGAAGUUCAAUGUCACUCAGAGUGGAGUCCACCAUGCCAUGAAUCCUGAUCCUUAUAGGGGUCUGUUUGGAGCAGAUGGAGAGAUGUAUGCAAAAGAUGUUCAGGAUAUCAUUCAAUUUGGUACAUCCGGUCAUGUCGCAGCUUUCAUCUGCGAAGCUAUUCAGGGAGUUGGAGGAAUCAUCGAAUUGGCCCCUGGCUACCUUUCUUCUGUGCAUGACAUUGUAAAGAAAGCUGGAGGUCUUUUUAUUGCCGAUGAAGUACAAGCUGGAUUUGCUCGGACUGGAAGCCACUUUUGGGGUUUUGAGUCUCAUGGAGUUGUCCCUGACAUUGUGACAAUGGCAAAGGGUAUUGGGAAUGGUAUUCCCCUUGGUGCAGUAGUUACCACCCCUGAGAUUGCGAAUGUCUUAACUCGUCGUAGUUAUUUCAAUACCUUUGGUGGAAAUCCUGUAUGCACUUCUGCAGGACAUGCUGUUCUCAAAGUGAUUGAAAAGGAAAAACUUCAGGAAAAUGCUCAUGUUGUGGGUACCCAUCUCAAGACGAGGCUCACUGCUCUGAUGGACAAAUAUGAGUUGAUUGGUGAUGUUAGGGGAAGAGGAUUGAUGCUAGGGGUAGAACUUGUUAAGGAUCGUGAAAAGAAAAUUCCAGCGAAGGAUGAGGUCUUUCAUGUGAUGGACCAAAUGAAAGAAAUGGGAGUAUUGGUCGGAAAAGGAGGAUAUUAUGGCAAUGUAUUCAGAAUCACACCUCCCCUCUGCUUCACCAAGGAUGAUGCUGACUACCUGGUGGACGUGAUGGAUUGUGUGAUGGCAAAGAUGUGAAGAAGUGAUGCAAUUAGACUCAAUAUCAUUUGUAAAGUUCAUCGCAUUUGGUAAUGUGUUGUGUCUAUUGCUUGCUUCUUGGUAAGAAAACUAAUCAUCCAAAUACAGCACGAAGUUCUCUUCUUCUGUGGAGGACAAAUAUGAACGAUGAUGAGCCAACACCUCGUUGUCUCUCCAUUACUGUCACUUCAUAUGCGUGCUUAGGUUUCUGCUUGAUAUGAAGAUGCAAACAUUUCAUGUCAUGAAGUUCUCUUUUUUUUCUACUCAAAUCUGUAUCUGGUACCUCUGAACCGUACCUUAGAUAGUUUUUCGGUAUUAUGUUUGUAAUUGUUUUUGUUUUCCAUGUUAGUCACUGUUGUGAUAGUAUUAGCCUCUUAGUAAGAAGUAAGAUCACACUUCCAUCAAAAUUAUAAAAUGAAGUCUAUAUCUAGAAAGUAACACCAUGUUUGCAAUGUUAAUGCAGUACUUAAAAUAUUUCCUGUGAUGCAAUUGUGUUACUAAUGUUAUUAUGUUACAUGUAUAAUUUAUGUAACCCUCUCAUGUUGUAUUGUAUAAUAUAGACUUGCACGUUUCUGUAA